UAUUUUAAUUGGCCUUCACCAGUGCUCUUUUGUUGUCAGAAAUACCAGUUAAUUGACUUUUAAACAUCAGAAACAUGAAUUUAUUUCUUGGCAGCCUCACCUUCCUUUCUGCUGUUAGUUAUUCAAUUUAUCAACCCAGUGCAUUGGUUUGGCUUGUGCUAUCAGAUGUAAACUUACAAGAAGCAGCUGUAUUCUGGCUCCUCUCCUUCCCUGCUCUGAAACACUCUCUUUUCUCACAGGCAGGACUGUGGUGGCGAAAAGUGGAUCUGUGCUAGUUGUCCCAGAUUGAUGAUGGUUCGCAGUGGAAAAAGUGGUGGGCUCCACCUGAAGCAGAUUGCAUACUACAAGAGAACAGGGGAGUAUCAUCCCACAACACUGUCAAGUGAAAGAAGUGGAAUCAGGAGGGCAGCGAAAAAAUUCAUUUUCAAAGAUAAUAAAUUGUUCUAUGUUGGAAAAGAUAGAAAACAAAUGCGCCUGGUGAUUGUUUCAGAUGAAGAGAAGAAAAAGGUGCUCAAGAAAUGCCACGAAAAUGCUGCCGGUGCUCAUCAUGGGAUAUCAAGGACACUGACUUUAGUGGAGUCUAAUUACUACUGGACCUCUGUAACAAAUGAUGUCAAACAGUGGGUGUAUGCUUGCCAGCAUUGCCAAGUGGCAAAGAACACAACCGUCACUGUGCCCAAACCACAACCUUUCAAAGCAGAAGACCCAUGGACAGCAGUCACUAUAGAGCUUAUGGGACCUUUUAAUAUUACAAACAAAGGUCACAAAUACAUUAUAAUUAUGACGGAUUUGUUUACACGCUGGACUGUUAUCUUACCACUGUGUGACACUUCAGCAGCUGAAAUUGCUAAGGCACUCAUAAAUGUGUUUUUCUUAUAUGGACCACCUCAAAAAAUGCCUACUGAUCAAGGGAAGGAGCUUGUUUAUCAGAUAAAUGAAGAACUAUUUGCACUGUUUGGAAUGAAACAGAUUGUAUUGUCUUAUCCUCAGACAGAUAAUGUAAAUGACAGAAUGUCCAAGACAAUCAAAGCUUUUCUUAACAAGUACUGCAUUGACUACCCAAAUGAUUGGGAUGAACAUUUGUCUGCUAUUGCCUAUGCUUUCAAUUUGACAAAUUUGGAGCCAAAUCAAAACACUCCAUAUUUCCAAAUGUUUAAACGUAACCCAUAUGUUGUUGAGCCAAUGAAUAUAUGUGUGGAAGGAGAAUACAGUGUGUUUGCCAAAAUAUUUGAAGCAACUAAAAAAGUCAGUCAAGCACUGGAAGAAGAGAAGACCUCGGAUUGCCAGGUGGAGAAAAACACCUCAGAUGAACAAAAAGUCAGAAACAAAAUCACAGUCAAAAGGAAGCCAAAACAAUUAAAUAGCCUGCGACUUAAAGUUGGUCAUGAAGUCCUCAGGCAGAGAAAAAACUGGUGGAAGGAUGGUCGUUUCCAGUCAGAAUGGGUUGGUCCUUGUAUUAUAGAUUAUAUCACAGAUGAUGGCUGUGCAGUAUUAAGAGAUGCCACAGGAUCCAGGUUGAAAAGACCCAUCAAGAUGUCUCACCUCAAGCCAUACAUAAGAGGGUCCAGUGAAAAAGACAACCAUUACUUUCUACAAGGUGCAGUAGUUGUUGACCAUGACUAUAUUGGCUUCUCUGAAAGGUCCAAUAAUUCAAGCCAACCAGACUCUGUUGCUGAAGGGGAAAUAAAUGCCUACACAAGAGAUGUCAUAUCUGCUGUACAGAUUUCAUCUGCAGCCUGCAAAGAACAAGAAUCAACAGACGGUAAACUCGAGUAUGAGCUGAGAGAAGAUGAUUGCAUUGAAUCAAACACUGCAAAGCCAGAGCAAUGGCCUUCACCUCGUUGGACACUUCAGACCAAGAUGGAGGAUACUUAAGCAUAGUCUUGUGUCAUUUAUGAUUGCCAAAUAGUUGGAUGUAAAGUAGCAGACUGAAAAAAAAAAAGUAAUAACUCCAAAUUACGUAGCCAAAUCCACUUUACUACUUUAUGAACAUGGGAGUUCUGCAGGUGCCUACUGGUUAAUUUGCAUGGGUUUUAAGAAGAAAAUUCUUUGUUACCAAAAAUAGGCACACCCUUGUAAAAGCGCAAGUUUUCAUCAUGUAUUUGAAUGUCAGAUUAUGUUGGUAGAAUGGCAGUGUGGCCAUGCCUUACUGUUACUCUCUCAGGACAAAAUGCCUCAUUUCACUGUAAUGACCUUUUUUGUUAAUCCUUAGAUGACUCAUUCCUAAUGUCCAGUGAUACUGUGGGAUGAAUAUAACCUAAGCAACUUGGUGUAAAUUUUGCCUUUACUGCAGAGAAGCUUAUGUCUUCCUUUUCCUGUUCAUAACAGUUUUGUAUUCUUUCUAGGAAGCUGCAAACUCUGUCUUUUACAACUUUUAAUUUCUAGUCUAACAUACAGUUCUAAGAUCUCACAAAACAAUAAAGAUGCUGAAAUGAA